AUGGAUAACUUUACAGACAAGUCGUCUGAGGCCAUCAAGGCCGCGUUCGAGAAGGCAGAGGAGAUGGCCAACUCGCAAGUUGUGCCCCUCCACCUGAUCGCCGUGCUCUGGGAAGAGCCCAAUACAAGUGAUGUCAACGCCCAGCCCACCCUGCUCCACUCUGCCCUCGAAAAGGUCGGCGGCAACAACACGGUGUUUGGUCGCCAGCUCAUGUCACGGUUGAACAAGCUGCCCGUCGUCGACCCCGCACCAUCCCCUCCCCUCCCCCUGUCCAACACGUUCCAUGCCGUCCUGCGGGAAGCCCAGAAGCUGCAAAAGGAGAACAAUGACCAGUUUGUCGCUGUCGACCACCUGUUGCUUGCCCUCAUCCACUCGGACAAGUCCGAGUUCAAGGACAUGCUCAAGCAGACUGGCGCGACCCCCAAGGCGCUCGAGGACGAGAUCAAGCGCAAGCGCGGCACCCGCAAGGCCGACUCGCGCGGCGCCGAGGGUCAGUUUGAGGCGCUCGAAAAGUACUGUGUCGACUACACUGCGCUCGCUGCCGAGGGCAAGCUCGACCCCGUGAUCGGCCGUGACAACGAGAUCCGCCGCUGUAUCCGCAUCCUGUCCCGCCGCACCAAGGGUAACCCCGUCCUCAUCGGCGAGCCUGGUGUCGGAAAGACCGCCAUCGUCGAGGGCCUUGCCCAGCGUAUUGUCGACCGCGACGUCCCGGCAUCACUCAUCUCCCGCCUCCUGUCCCUCGACAUGGGUGCCCUCAUGGCCGGUGCCAAAUACAAGGGCGAGUACGAGGAACGUGUCAAGGCCGUGCUCUCCGAAGUCGAAAAGUCUGGCGACGAGGGCACACAGAUCAUCCUCUUCAUUGACGAGAUCCACCUGAUCAUGGCCGGCAAGGACUCGUCUGGCGGCAUGGACGCUGCCAACCUCCUCAAGCCGAUGCUUGCCCGUGGCAAGCUCAAGGUCAUUGGUGCCACCACCCUCAACGAAUACCGCGAGUACAUCGAGAAGGACUCUGCGUUUGAGCGUCGUUUCGCACAGGUGCUCGUCGAGGAGCCCAACGUUCCUGACACUGUCGCCAUUAUGCGUGGUAUCCGCGAAAAGUACGAGACCCACCACGGUGUCCGCAUCAUGGACUCUGCGCUCGUCCUUGCUGCCCAGCUCGCCAAGCAGUACCUCACUGCCCGCCGCCUGCCCGACUCGGCUAUUGACCUCCUCGACGAGGCAGCUUCCGCCGUCAAGGUCGCCCGCGAGACCCGCCCCGAGGCUAUCGAUGAGCUCGAACGCAAGAAGCUCGGCCUCGAGGUCGAGAUCCACGCCCUCGAGCGCGAGAAGGACGACAUCUCCAAGGAGCGCCUCGAGGCCGCCAAGAAGGCCGUGGCCGACAUUGUCGACUCGCUCGGCCCCCUCAAGCGCGAGUAUGAGAACGAAAAGCACCUCUCGGACGAGAUCCACGAGCUCCGUCGCCGCAUCGACGAGCUCCGCGCCAAGGCCGACGACGCCGAGCGCCGCUACGACCUCGCUACCGCUGCCGACAUUCGCUACCAGGCUAUCCCACAGCGUGAGGCCAAGCUCAAGGAGCUGGUCGCCAAGGAGGAGGAGCGCGGCAGUUCCAACCAGACUGUCAACCCCGAGAUGAUCGCCGAAAUUGUCGCCAAGUGGACCGGAAUCCCCACCUCGCGUCUGGUCGAGACUGAGCGCGGCAAGCUCCUCCGCCUCGAGAAGAUGCUCUCCAAAAAGGUCAUUGGUCAGCCCGAGGCCGUCACCGCCGUCGCCAACGCGAUCCGUCUCAGCCGCUCCGGUCUCGGCAACGCCAACCGCCCCAUUGCCUCGUUCCUCCUCGUCGGCCCCUCGGGUACUGGUAAGACGCUGCUCGCCAAGACCCUCGCCGGCGUCAUGUUCAACAGCGAGGACGCCAUGGUCCGCAUCGACGCGUCCGAGUUCUCUGAGCGCCACGCCAUCUCGCGUCUUAUCGGUGCUGGCCCCGGUUACGUUGGCCACGAGUCUGGUGGCCAGCUGACCGAGGCUGUCCGUCGCCGCCCGUACUCGCUCAUCCUCAUUGACGAGAUUGAAAAGGCGUCGCGCGAGUUCCACCAGCUCUUCCUGCAGGUGCUCGACGACGGCCGUCUCACCGACGGCAAGGGACGCGUCGUCGACUUCCGCAACACCAUCAUCAUGAUGACGUCCAACACGGGUUCCGCCUUCCUCAACGAAAACCCCAAGGAGGGGCCCGUCGACCCCGAGGUCCGCCAAAAGGUCAUGGGUGCGAUCCAGCAGACGUUCCCUCCCGAGUUUAUCAACCGUAUCGACGAGAUCAUCCUGUACCGCUCGCUCUCGCGUAACGACAUGAAAAAGGUCGUCAGCGUGCGCCUGGCCGAGGUCCAGCAGCGUCUCGACGCCAACAACCGCAAGGUCCGGCUCGAGGCCGACGACAGCGCCUCGGAGUGGCUCGCGACUGCCGGCUACUCGCCGUCGUACGGUGCGCGCCCACUUGCGCGCCUCAUCCAGUCCGAGAUCCUCAACCCGCUCUCCAAGCUGCUCCUCCAGGGCCGCGUGCGUGACGGCGAGACGGCCCACGUCACGACCGACCACGUGCGCAACCGCCUCGUCGUCGUGCCCAACCACGACGCCGACGUCACCCACCCAGACGACGACGACUCGGACUCGGACUAUGACAUGGACGUCGAGGUCGAGGAAAUCGAUUAG